UAGGGAGAAUUCUAUACACAGACAUACACCUACCCAGACGUAUAUGUUUUCCAUGUGUAAAUAUACAGUAUUACAUGUGUGUAUGUACGGUGAAACCACUUGAUGGUGGCGGGUACUCUCUCUCUCUCUCACUAAUUAACUUCAACAUUCACCAUUCCUCCUUCCGUGUGGAUUUACCACCAGCUGCUACUUAGAGAGGGAAUUAGUGUUACAGAUCGAACAGAAAGGUCGAUUGAACUUACAGUGUCGGCUGUGAAGGAGUAAAUAAAUAUAUAAAACAUAAUUAAAAGAGAAAAUAUAAUUAAAAGAACACAAACAGGAAAUAUAUAUAUAUCAUCUUUAAGAAGAUAUUCUCGUCGGUCAGAUAUUUAAACCGAAUACAAACAAAAUACAGGUUCUGAGCCAAAUAACUUUCACUUUACAACAUACAGUAAUGUAAACAAACUGAUAUUUGGAUUUACAUACACCUUGGAUUACCUCUUUUCAAAAGAACUCAGAUUUGAUUGCAUUUAUCAGUCUUUUACCUCAGACCAACCAGCUUGUUCUAAUGGUGGGAUUUGAAUAAAGUGUGAAAUCUCAUUACUACCAAUGAGUUUGUAAACCAAACUUUCAUAAAUCAAGUGUGAGAGAGCAGCAGUAGUGGUGGCCACAUCAACAGCUCACCAUGGCAGCUUUAAACAAAGAACUUUAUGGUUUUCUGAUUGAUGCUGAACUCGAACACUAUUACAGUGCUCUGAAGAAUGAGCUGAAAAUAUCCAGUCUGGCCCACUUAAAAUAUGUCCGAGACGAAGAUCUUAUCAAUGUUGGCAUGACAAAGCCUGAAAUGCGUAGAUUUAAGAAAUAUUACAAGAAAGAGAUACCUCAAGGAACUAUCGGAAAGAUUAAGAAGAACUUGAGCUCUGGAAUAUCCAAUACCAUGACGGCCAUUUUGCGGGCCAGUGAUGCUUCCAUGGGCCGUUCUCUGAGCCCUUCUCCUCCUGAACAGCGGAUGCCCCGCCCAGUGUCAUAUAUUCGACCACUUGGAAAACAAAUUAUACCGCCAGAAUCUAUUUCCUGUAAUAAAACACUGGGAGAAGGGGAAUUUGGGAUUGUUCAGCAGGGAAUAUGGACCACAGAGAACAAUGACAAGGUGCAAGUUGCCAUAAAGUGUUUGAGCCGGGAUCGUAUGCAAAAUGGAGUGGCAGAAUUUCUGAAGGAGGCUAACAUUAUGCAAACUAUCGACCAUGAGAACAUUGUGCGAAUGUUUGGAGUAGUCUUGGACAAAGAAAGCUCUCUCAUGUUGGUAACAGAAUUAGCACCAAUGCGUUCAUUACUCGAGUGUCUCAAAGAACCUUCUCUACGUUUGGAUUUUCCUGUUUUGCGACUUUGUGACUUUUCCCAGCAAAUCUGUGAUGGAAUGGCAUAUUUAGAAAGCAAACGUCUCAUUCACAGAGAUCUAGCAGCGCGCAACAUUUUGGUGUUUAGCAAGAACAAGGUAAAGAUCAGUGACUUUGGAUUGUCUCGAGCCCUUGGAGUAGGCAAAGACUAUUACCAGAGUAAUUUUACCAUCAAUCUAAAACUUCCAAUUGCUUGGUGUGCUCCGGAGUGUAUCAAUUAUUUGAAGUUUACAUCUGCGAGUGAUGUUUGGUCAUAUGGAGUUACUCUUUGGGAAAUGUUUACAUAUGGAUUCCAGCCUUGGGCUGGAAUGACUGGACAACAGAUCCUUGAAGCUGUUGAUCAGCCAAAUUGUCAGCGCUUAGAUCGACCUGAUCUUUGCCCCAGAGAGUACUUUGACCUAAUGAAAUCGUGUUGGGAAGAUGACCCAAAGGAUAGGCCUACAUUCAGUGAAAUAUUUUUGAAACAGCCAAAGAUGCGCCCAUCUCUGGCAAAAGCAGUUGCUGAUUCUCCAGAAACCUCUGCUGGUGAUGAAUAUUUAGUUUUUAAGGCUUACGACACCAUUGUUAUUUUAGAUAAGAAUCCAGAAAAUGCCCCUUCAAAGUUCUGGAAAGGUGCAUUGGAUACAGGCAAAUGUGGGCUCUUUGAUGCUACAAAGACAGUUGCGUUCAUUGAACCCAAGACCAGCCCCAUUGAGUUACCAAGAACUUCUCUAUCGAGAAAGGAAUCCAGUCGGAGAUCAGGCAGGAAACUUCGUGCUGACAUGAUCAGUGGACCAAAGGACGAUCUUCGACACACAGGUCAUAUUGGUUAUGAUGGAGCAGUUUUUGGUGACAUACCUUUCAUUGGGGAUGGUAAACUUCCAGUAAAAGUAGCAAGCCCAGGUAAAUUAACUGAAGAAAGUCGUGGUGCAUCGAUAUCAUUACCGAGAUUUGCAAGAGAAAGUCCGGCUCAUGAUCGCAUCAUUAGGAAUAGUCAGUCUGAUAUAUCCCUGAAUCAAGAUGGAUCUCGACCAGGAACUAAUGGCUAUGGCAACACAUGGUCUAGUCGGGAUUCUCUUGAGAGUAGUUCCACCAUUCGAACUGAAGGUUCUGGUGGAGGUUAUCAGGAUAUUGAUGAAGAAAUGGAUUUUGAUUUUGGUGAUUUUAAAGUUCCUGAUCUAACUACUUCACUUGAUUUUGGUCCUUCUCUUAUGGAUGAAGUUAUGAAGGCUCUUGAAGAUAAAAAGGAUGAAGAUAUUACACGUAGCUUGUCAACUUCAAAAGACACUUCCCCUGUCGUUGAAGAGACAAAGGUAGCACCUGUUGAAACUACGGCUGAUGAAGAGGAAGAAAGCACAACACUCUCGCCCAAAGAUACAAGUCCUCUUAUUCCUCCUCAUGUUCCUGAAACUCCCCCCCGGGAGCCUAAAUCUGAAGGAAAGAAGCAAGCAAAAGUAAAACCUAUGUCUGCUCAUGAUGAGAAAAUGAUUAAUAAUGCCAUAGCUUUAGCAAAUGAAUUUGCGAUGCAGUGCAAUAAAAUGAAUAUGGACGAUGAUCAACUGAGUCCAAAAUCUGAAACCAGUUCAGACUCUCCAAAGCUCAUCCAAAAAUUGAAGAUAUCAAUGAAGCGGAGUCCUAAACAGGAGCGCAAAAAGACAUUUACCGAAGAGAUUGCACUGAAAGCCGACCUUGAUGAAGAUCUUCCACCAGAGUCUCAAGAAGCUUACAAUAUACUUGUAAUGAAAGGUGCAGGGAAAGAGAGCUCUCCCUCAUCUCCAGCUGUAGAAUCUCUCUCACAAGAACUAACUAUUAAUACUGAAUUAUCCCCAAACAAAGCAGAACCAGAAUCCAGCUCAUUUUCCUCUACUGCUACCCUUCCCACUGCUACAAUUACAAGAAAAGACUCAGACAUAAAGCCACUGAGCAAGUCCCGGGCAGCUAUGUCUAAAAUUGAGCCACCACCUAUACCCAAACCACGUCCAGAACACAGAGUAGAACCUACCCCUCGCAUCGAGUCAAUUACAAAGCCAGAAAUAACUAAACCGGAAUUGCCUCCCAAACCAGAUAUUGUUCCACAGAUAGACCAACCAAAAGAAGCGCCGCCUCUUCCUGAAACUCCUCCUAGGACUGAUCAUUUGUCAAGAAGUGAACCAAAAUUUGACUACCCAAAUAGAACUGACUCUUCCAUCAGGUCAGAGUCUCAAAGUAAACCAGAGAUUUUGCCCAAAACAGACCUACCGAAAAUGGAAAGCAAAAUUGAACAUCCUCUGAAAUCUGAGCACCCUUCCCGUAUCCCCCACCCCAGCAAAAUUCCCCCUCCAACUAAGAUUGAGUAUUCUUUUAGAAAAGAGUCUCCACCUAGAUUAGAACGAUCCGAAUCUCAACAACGGUCAGAACCAUUACCCAGAAUGGAUGUCCCUCCACCACCACCCCCUACUGCUAUUCCUAAAGCAGAACCUGUCGUUGAGAGAGCACACAGUGUCGAUAGAGAGAACGGACAUCAUACUUUGAGUCUUGACUCGUUUUCCUUUAGUAAAGAGUCUUCUCCAGCAUCCAGUUCUGAGAGGUCUGUUGAGGAUCGAGAUAUGGAGACAGAAUCAAGAGAUAAGCUAGGUGGAGGUUAUGAUAGGAGAUCUGAUAGCCACUCAGAGAGAUUUGGCAUUUCAUCACCUAAGAUGAGUUUCGAUGAAGAAUUCGCAGAACCUUCACCUCGAGAAAUUAUGAGUAAGCUAGCUCGAGAGAGCCGAAUUCGGCGUUCAAUGGAUCACCAACGAGCUAUGUCCACUGAGAGUAUGGAUCACUCUCAUAUCCGGAAUUUAAGGGAACCACAAGGAAUUCCAACUAAAGUUGUUCCAACUGCAAAUGGUGAAGAUGAAGAAGUUGAUACAAAUCCUUUACGAAUGCUGCGUGGCGGUGCCAUUCCUAUUCGAGGAGGGCGUGGACAAGGCAAACUCCUCUUCCACCGCAACAAGAUUAGCCCCUGGAAGAAGAACUCCGAGGAAAUAGAGGCUUUACGUAAAUUAUUUUGUAAUGAGGUUUCUGAGGUCGAUUGCCGGCAAGCCCUGGAAGAGACCAAAUGGAACAUACAGAGUGCCAUAAAAUAUAUCAAGUUAAAGCAGCUGAUAAGUACUGGCUUAGCUGAUGUAAAUCGCUGCAAAGAGGCUCUCUUAAAAUGUAACUGGGAUGUAGAACAAGCUGCUGACCAUCUCCUUGUUCAUCCAAAAGACAGCCCAGAAUGUGUGGACGUCUAAACUCACACUUCAAUAUAUUCUCAAAUGUUAACCUGAAUUUGAAACAGCAAGAAAAAACAAAAAACAAAUGCAACAAGAGAAAUCUCAUAAAAACUAACUUAACGAAUCCUGUGACAUUGCUACAGAAAUGAACAAAACAAAACAAAACAAAACAAAAAAAAAUCUGACUUUUAUUUUCUUUUCUUUUUCUGCAGACAUUUUAUAUUGGAAUAUCUGCUUCCAUUCUUUGCACCCUUCUGUAAUAAAUUUUCCUUUUGAGGUUUUA